AUGGCGACGGCUUUCCCUCCUCCCCCAACUCAGGAGAGUCAUGUCCCUCCUCCUGCACAUGCUGCAUCUAUCCCCGCUCCUCAAAGCUCUCCUGCAUUUCCACCUCCAAACUUCAGCCAUGGCCUUCUGCCGAAACAGCUGCCUGCCAGUUCACCGCCAACAGAAGUCAACGCUGCAGCGUUCACUGCAAGUGGCGAGAUCAGCAGCCCGUACGGACCAAAUUCCGUAUCCCCUCCCCCGCAGUCGCCCCCCCUGCCUAUGCAACCGCAGAGAACAUCUGCCAUGCCGGUGCAGUUCAACCCAAUCCAGAGCACGGCUAGCCAAGAUGAUGUGGGCACGUUCAAUGGCGGGAGCUACAGGAUCAGCCAUCGUGAUACCAACUCUAUCCUCACCCUGCAAUUGGCAAUGGGAUGUCCGAUAGAAGCAAAGCCAGGAGUGAUGGUUGCCAUGUCUGACAAGAUCACCCUCCGAGGAAGCGUGAAGUUCUCACUGAAGAAAAUGUUUGUGGGAGAAAUGACCUUAUCUACAUACACCGGUCCGGGGGAACUUCUACUUGCCCCUUCAACAUUGGGUGAUAUUAUUGUGCUGCGCCUCUCCGGCUCUGACUCCUGGAAGGUGGGCAAGGAUGGGUUUCUGGCUGCGACCAGUGGUAUUGGAAAAGACUACCAAAGCCAAGGCUUGACGAAGGGAGUAUUUUCAGGCGAAGGUUUCUUCGUCUACAAGAUGACCGGUACUGGUCUAGUAUGGCUUCAGAGUUUCGGUGCCAUUAUCAAAAAAGAAAUCCCCGAGGGUGAGACAUACUUCGUCGAUAAUGGCCACCUGGUUGCCUGGAAUUGUAAGUAUAAGAUCGAACGAGUCGCCUCGGGUGGUAUUAUUUCCGGCAUCAGUUCGGGUGAAGGUCUUGCAUGUCGGUUUAUGGGUCCUGGAACGGUGCUCAUCCAGACGAGAAAUGUCAGCGCCUUCGCUGCUCAUAUCGGCGCUCAUACAGCUAGUGGCUGA